AUUUUUGAGAAUUCUAAUGAUAAGACAUGAUUUUGAAGAACAGUUUGAGGUUAAAGAAGAAGAAGAAGAUCAUAUUGCUGUUGAAAAAAAGUGUGUUAUUGCUGAGAAAAAUUAUAUUGCAACUGAAAAAGAGAAAGAACAAGUUAUUGAGAAAGAACUUAUUGCUAUUGAGGAAGAACCUGCUAUUACUAUUAUUCUGCAAAAACUGAUCUAG